CCUGACAUCGCUUCCUGUGCCAAAGCCGACGCGCACAAAAGCAACAAGGAAAAGCUAAAGCAAAACCACCGUCUCCCUCCCUCCAUCCGAUGACGCCAAAGCCAAUCAGCCAUUCCUCGUCCCGUCUCGUCUCUCCAAAGUCCAAACCCCUUCCCUGAAAUGAGAAACCUCGUACUACUACCACUAUAGAGGUCGAUUCGCCCACCAAUACAAUUACAAACGCACCCGCCGGAAAUCGAGGGGCGCGCACCGAUCAAACGGACCCAUGCCGCCGCAAGCCGCCGCCUCGCAGCAGGGCGAUUGCUGCCGCCACGGCCACGGCUACGGCUCCCGCGGAGGAGGCGGCGGCGAGCUUCCCGGCGGGCCGCUGCCCUUCUACCUGCCGCUGCGCAGGCGGCUGUCCGUGGACGGCAAGUCCCCGGCGCCGCGGAUAUGCAUCUGGGAGUGCGACGGCGAGGCCGGCGACAUCACCUGCGACAUCGUCGCCGCGCCCCUCCGGCGCAGCUGCAGCGCCAGGACAAUGCAGCCGCCGCCGCCGCCGGCCCCGUUCUUCCGCCUGAUGACGCCGCCGCCGCCGAGGCCGCAGAGGGUGGUGGUGGAGGAGGAGGAGGCCAGGAAGCCCGGGAAGGCCAUUCGCAAGGGCCACCGGAGCUACAGCCUCACGCUCAACCUGCAACUUGGCAUAAGUUAUUCGGUGGGGAAAUCGUCCGCGCUGCCGUUCAAGAAGCUCUUGUCAUCAGAUUUCGACCCGCGGGAGAAGAUAUGGACACGGUUCCCGCCGGAGGGGUCCAAGUUCACGCCGCCGCAUCACUCGGUCGAUUUCCGGUGGAAGGACUAUUGCCCUGCCGUCUUCAGGCACCUGAGGAAAUUGUUUGGGGUGGACCCUGCGGACUACAUGCUUGCCAUCUGCGGCAACGACACGCUUCGGGAGCUGGCAUCCCCGGGUAAGAGCGGGAGCUGCUUCUUCAUUACGCAGGAUGACCGAUUCAUGAUUAAAACCGUGAAGAAGGCUGAAAUGAAGGUUCUUAUUAGGAUGUUGAGGAGUUACUAUGACCAUGUUCGUCAGCAUAAGUCCACCUUAUUGACAAGAUUCUAUGGCACACAUUGCAUUAAGCAAGUAGGAUGCCCCAAGGUUCGGUUCAUUAUAAUGGGCAAUUUUUGCUGCUCGGAGUAUAAGAUCCAUAGGCGCUUUGAUUUGAAAGGUUCCUCACAUGGUCGGACUAUCGACAAAACGGAGCGAACGAUUGAUGAAACAACUACUCUAAAGGACCUAGACCUUGACUAUGCAUUCCGGUUGCAAAGAUUUUGGUAUGAGGAACUUAUGAAGCAAAUUCAAAUGGAUUGUACGUUCUUAGAGAUACAAGGAAUUAUGGACUAUAGCCUAUUGUUAGGAGUUCACUUUCGUAAUAAAACUGUGCCUAAGAUAGGCCUCUCUCAGCCAAUUGCUUUGACAAUUUUUCAACUAUGUGCUAUACCAGAAUCUACAGGCAAAAGAAAAUCAUUUGAAGGCGGAGGCGGUUUUUGUGAGCUAUGUUUUAUGGAAUCAGGAUGCAAGGACAGAGAUUUAGUCACAGAACCUCGGAAGCCAUUUGUCCAGCUGGGCAUGAACAUGCCUGCCCAGGCAGAGCGCUGUUCAAAAAAAAUACUGGACAAGUUUCUUCUACAUGAAAGACACUUAUUCAUAACCACACCAACUGGGGGACCAUGUGAUGUCUAUCUCUUCUUCGGAAUAAUUGAUAUCCUUCAAGACUAUGACAUAACUAAGAAGCUCGAGCACGCCUACAAGUCCUUCCAGGUCAACCCUGGCCGCAUUUCUGCAGUUGAUCCAAAAUUAUACUCAAGGAGGUUCCAGGAUUUUAUACGCAGAGUGUUCAUAAAACAAUAGCAGUAAGAAGAAUGCACAGGUUGUUAUUGGCCAUAAUUCCACUGACUUUUGACAUCAUGAUAUUCUGGAGUUUUUACAUAAUGAGAUCGAUUGGUGAAGUUCAUGGUAUGAUGGUAUCACUGAUCCCAAGCAUGCCCUCAAAUAGUGCAACUGGCAGUUGUUUUUACCAUAUGGACGGUUCUCUGGCGGGCAAGGAGCCUUGCCGACACGCAUGCUAAUAUUGGAAGGAUGGGAGCUACACUAUAUAAAGCUCCUCCUUUUGGAAGACUUGCGAACUAUGAUCCGUCAAUCCCUUGGCAGAGCUCAGCUGUCCGGUUGAAUUUUGAAGUGAUGUUUCUUGUUUACUCUUCAGAGAGAAAAGGAGCUGUUCUGUAGACGUUGUUGCCUUCUUUGCAAGCAUUUGCUGCUGCUUAUCUUCUGCGCCCGUGCCUGCUAGGAUCGAGGACCACGGUCGAGACGGCACGCAGUGUCAUUUGCGCAGUCGUACUCGUACCGAUGCCUUUGUGAACGGAAGAAAAAUAUAAAGUGGAAGGGAGGAGACAUGCAUCAAAAGGAGAGAAAGCAAGUGCAGGGAAGAUGCAGAAUUGCAGAUGCUGGGACAGAUCUGGUCUCCUCAUGUCCGCUGCAACAUGUUCUUUUCUGUGCUGUGCUAUACUAUCUCCAUCACCUGACCUCCUUUUUCUCUCUCUCGACUUUACUUUGUCCCAUGCCAAGGCCUAGUCCGUCCUCUUUUUUUUUUUCGAAAGCACCUCCCGUCCUCUUUCCGCAUGCUUUGCUUUGCCUCCUUGCUGGAGCUGCAGCAGCAUGCUGUGGCCGAGGCCCAGGUGGGCAGGAUGAUGCAUGCUACUAAGAUAGUGUCAGUAGUCAGGAGAAGAAUAGGUAGGUGGUUGUUCUGAUCUUCACUCUUCAGAGGUGCAUCGUGCAUCUGUUGUACGAUCUGUGCGUGAAGUCUUUCGAGGAGCUGCUUAAAGAGACGCUUAUAUAUAAGCCUGGAUAACGCAGAAGGCAUCGGCAUCAAGCUCAUACAUAACCAUGUUACUUUUGUGGGCCUAACAGAUGAAAGAUAGGUGUUUGGGAUCUGUGUAUUUGUGACCAUGGUCAAAAAGAAUUGAACUCGUGUAUCAAGGCUUGAUCUCUCUUUACGCCUUUA